AUGGUUCGCGUUAUCAUCAAAGGUGGUGUCUGGAAGAACACGGAGGACGAGAUUCUCAAAGCUGCCAUCUCCAAGUAUGGCAUGAAUCAGUGGGCGCGUAUCUCCUCGCUUCUAGUACGCAAGACCCCCAAGCAGUGCAAAGCAAGAUGGUACGAAUGGCUCGAUCCUUCCAUCAAAAAGACCGAGUGGUCCAAAGACGAAGACGAGAAGCUUCUCCACCUUGCCAAGCUCAUGCCCACACAAUGGCGCACAAUAGCCCCGCUCGUUGGCAGGACCGCCAAUCAGUGUCUCGAACGCUACCAGAGGCUCCUCGACGAGGCCGAGGCCCAAGACAAUCAAGCUGGCUCCAGCUCUCUCGGCCUCACGGGUACCGGUGAAGCCGUUCCGAGCGCAGACGAUGUCCGCCGUCUGCGUCCCGGAGAGAUCGAUCCCGAUCCAGAAACAAAGCCCGCCAGGCCCGACCCUAUCGACAUGGACGAGGAUGAAAAGGAGAUGCUCUCAGAAGCACGUGCACGUCUCGCCAAUACCCAAGGCAAGAAGGCCAAGCGCAAAGCCCGAGAGCGUGCCCUUGACGAGGCUCGUCGUCUCGCCAUGCUGCAGAAGCGCAGAGAACUCAAGGCUGCCGGUAUCAACAUCAAGCAAAAGCAGAAAAAGGGCACCAUCGACUACAAUGCCGAUGUUCCCUUCGAGAAGAAGCCGCUUCCAGGCUUCUACGAUACCAGCGCAGAGGCUAACAAGUCCUACAAGGCACCUGUCGGCAAAACGCUGCAGGAGCUCAACGACCGAAAUGCUGGUCCCGAUGAUCCCACCAAGAACAAACGUCAGCGUGAAGCGGAGGAGAAGAACAAGCAAGCCAAGCAGGCCGUCGCAGGUCGAAACGAGGAGCAGAUCCGCAAGCUCAAAGAAGCUGAACAGAUCACAAAGCGUCGCAAACUCAAUCUUCCCGCCGCUCAAGUCGGUCAGGAUGAACUCGAAGCCAUCGUCAAGAUCGGCCAGGCAGGUGAGCGUGCACGCUCUUUGGUCGAAGACGGUCCGAGCGAUGCUACCCAUGGCCUCCUCGAGAACUACUCGGCGCUCGAAUCCGCCCAAUCCGCUCGCACUCCUCAGGUCGCAGCCCACGAAGACUCUGUCAUGGCACAAGCGAGAGACCUCCGUCUCAUGUCUUCUGCGCAGACUCCGCUUCUUGGAGACGCCAAUGUCGAUCUCAGAUCGUCGCAGUCAUCAGGUGCGCAGACACCCGGAACAUUUGUUCCCCAGACUCCCAACCCGCUCUUGACGCCUGGUCUGCGGAACGGUCAGACGCCAGCCUCAGCGGGAGACUCGAGAUCUCAGGCAGGAUCCGGCACGCCACAGAGGACGCUAUUCCGUGACAACCUCGGUCUCAAUGUCGAGGACAGAAUUCAAGCUGGCUACGAGACACCGAGGGACCUCAAAAGGGCACGCAACCUGGCUCAGUCUCACCUGAGGCAGAGUUUGUCAUCCCUGCCCGCGCCGAAGAACGACUUUGACAUUGUAGUCGACGAAGAGACCGCCGAACCACAAUCCGUUUCGGACGGUCUCGACGAUAUUGUCGCAGUGAGCGAAGAGGAUGCGGCGGAACGAGAUGCCAGACUCGCUCGCCAAGCCGCUGAGGAAGAGGCGAAGGCGGAGGCGCGUCGCAGUCAAGUCGUCCGUCGCAACCUCCCACGACCGGCAGGAGUGGAUUUGGCACGCCUAGACGAGCAAAUCGAAUCGCGCCAUCGCAAUCGCGUCGAGCUUCUCGUCGCACGCGAGACGGCCAGACUUUUGCAUCACGACGCCAACAUGUAUCCUAUCGCAGGAGGCAAGCAUCCUGAGCCCGAGUCGGUGCAGCUCGAGACGCUCUCCGACGCUUCGUUGGCAGCGGCGCGAGAGCUGAUGCGUGCAGAGCUGGCAGAGCAGCUUGGUUUUCCUGGUGCGAACCACGAGGUGCUGAAACGACUGGUGGGAGCUUCGCUAGACGAUGACGAGGCGGGCAUGCAGAAUCUGGAAGAUGCGCUUCAGAGGCGAUGGCAGGAGGCGCGAAACGACAAGGCGCAGCUGAUCGAGCAGUUGGAAACGGCACGCAGUAGGAUGGCGGGGGCAGCGUCACAGGCGGCCAAGGGCGAGAAAAUGCUGUCAAAGGUGCUAGGUGGAUAUCAGGCGAGGAGCGAGGCGCUAUCGACUUCGGUCAAGGAGCAGUUCAAGUCGCUGCAAGAAGCGGCGAUCUCGCGCGAAACGUUCGAGCGACUGAGUAGGGAAGAACAGGGUGGCAAAGCGGAUCGACUCGACUCGCUGCGCAAGGAGGUGGAGCGUCUAGCUAGUCGCGAAGGGCUGGCGCAAACAGCGUAUAAGUCGGUGAUAGAGGAGCGCGACGCACUGCAGGAAGAGUGCGAAGUGCUUGAGAUGGAAUUGACCAUGCGGCAGGCUGAAUUUUUGAAUGAGGCUGCUCUGUCUGCCUAA